AUGAAGGAGCUGUUUAGCGAGUGUUUAGGAUCAGAGAGCCGAAGAGAUGGCUUGAAACAGAUAAGCGUUUCGAUACAUAGCCUUCUAUUAAACAACAAAGAUGUCACGUACCAAAAAAUUUGUUCGAGUAUAAACACCUCCAACACAAACACAUUGAGAAGACGGGUGUAUGACGUGUUAAGCGUGAUGCGAUCACUUAAUAUGGUGGUCAAGGCCAAAAGAUGUUACAACUUGGUGCGAAGAAAUCUUCUAUGCGAAAAAAGGAUGGUCGUGGAGGAGAAAAGAAAACAACUUGAGGAUUUACAGCACAUGAAAGAGGUUUUCGAGCAUAUCGUACUGAAAAAUGCGUUCAAAACGCAUAACUUAUCGCUUGAUAGAUUUUAUCUCCCAUUUUUGAUCGUUGUAAUAGAAAAAGAUUCGAAUGUUCACUGCGAAACAAAUGAAGAAAGAUCAUUUUUCAAAUUCAGGUCCAGUAAACCGAUCAAGUUGGUAGAAGACCUCGAAAUUUUAAAAGAGCUUUACAGGAACAACGAAGAAAAAGAAAUAAAGAAACCGUAUCUUUACGGAAGCAGCCUCAAAAAGUUUAAGGAGGGUUUCGGUGGAGCGUUUGAUUACAUAGUUUAGGUAAAAUAGUACUUGAAAUUGUUCCCCAUUCAAGGCCCGUCUCAAUAUGAGCAUUUAAUUUUCGUAUUGGUUCGAAUGGGCGGUGUGUGCCGCGGAACAAUUGUUUCACAUUUACAAGGUUCAUUUUCGUUCUCCCAAUCUACCGUCGUGGCUGUAGUAUCAGUCCGUAUUUCUGAAUGGAGUUUGUCCG